AUGUCUCCAGUUUUGUUUGUUGAUGAAGUUAUAAAUAUUUGGGAUCCAUUUUUUGUUUUUGCCAAUGAGUAUAGUUACCAAAAAGCAAAAUUAGUUUUGUUAGAUUGUUUCAGAGAAUGGGAAUAUUCAAUAAAUAGUAUGAUCUCUUUUACUGAUAUAUCACCAUCAUCAAGGCAAGAUAUUUUAAAUAUGGAAAAAAAUGCAAAUAUUGAUAUUUUUUUUGCAAAAUUUGACCAUGAUGAUUUAGAAGCUUUUGAUGGAAGAAAUGGUAUUAUUGCACAUUCCAGUAAAACAUCUAAAAAUGAAUCAUUUAUUCAUUUUGAUGCCUCUGAGAGAUGGGCUACCAACUCAAGAAUUAAAAAUCGACUUGAUCUUAAACUUGUUGCCCUUCACGAAAUUGGACAUAUCUUGGGACUAAAGCAUAACUCUUUUCAUAAUUCAAUAAUGAAUCCAUAUUAUAUUUAUUAUAAAUCUCCUAAUGAAGACAUUCCACCAGUUAUUCAUUUUCAAGACAUAAGUGAUAUCCAAAAAUUAUAUAUGAAUAUUGAUAAAAUCAAUGACUUAUGA